AUGGCGUCCGCAGCUGCAGUAGAGGCAGAUAUCAGCGCACCACCACGGCUUAACACCCUGAACGAGGACAAAGACAUCACGGCGGCGGUCAUCGGAAGGGAUGAGCCGACUCCAGACGCAGAGGAGGAUGAGGAAGACGUCGUUCGGAAAGUACGGCGCACGACCGAGACCAACGACGACGAUGCGCUACCCGACGACGAUGAGGAGCCACCCGAGGGGGAUGACUUGUUCGGAGAUGAUGAGGAGGAGGCAGCAAAGCCCAAGCGCCGCCAACUCGACGACAACGAGCUCGACUCAGGCGACGACCUCGAUCGCGAUGACCGCAUGGCCAGCGGGACACCCGCAGCAUUCGAAGAAGCCGAGCAGCAGCUCAGCACCGAAGAGACCUUCUUCCCUCGGCACGGAAUCCCCGAUCCCAGCGACAACGAGCUCUACCUCCUCAAAGUCCCCCGCUUCCUCGCCAUCGAGCCGAAACACUUCCACCUCGACACCUUCCAGCCCCCAACGCGGGACCACCACUCCAAGCCAGGCGACGACCCCUCCCCCACCUUCUCCGCCUACAACACCGCCCUCUCCACCCUCCGCUACCGGCACUCCCCCUCCAACCCCUCCAUCCUCCAAUCCAACGCACGCAUCCUCCGCUGGUCCGACGGCUCCAUAACGCUCCAAUUCGCCUCCGACGCGACGCAGCAAUACGAGAUCGACGGCAACGCUUUAGCUCCACCCCAGCGCAACCCGCUUAAACCAACCCCAACCAGCAUCUCGGACAAGAAAAAAUCCCGCCCCGGCCACGGCAGCGCCGGGCCUCUUCCCCCCAGCACGCACUACAACCCCGCGCAGGACUCCUUCACCUACCUCGUCGCGCCGAACCCGUCCACGGGCUUCCUGCGCACGACCAACAAGAUCACCGCCGGCCUCUCGAUCCAGCAGUCCAAGAACACGGCCGACGAAGCGCUGGAACGGCUCAUCGCGGCACGCUCGAAGGCGAAGGAGAAGCAUGACGCGGGCGCUGUUGCGCUGCCGGUCGUCAUGCGCGAGGAUCCCGAGAAACGGAAACGCGAGGCUGAGGCCGCGGAGCGCGAGAAGUUGCGCGCGGCACGACGGACUGAGAAUCUGGCGAACCGGAACAAUGCGAGGGCUGCGACGGGUGGGAGGGGGGUGCGGAGCGGUGGCGCCGGGCUGACGGUUGGGGGGCUCGAGGAUGAGGAGGGCGGGAGGAGAGGGGGUGUCAGGAAGCGCGGGAAGAAGAGGCCGAAUCGGCGGGGGGAUAUCUAUACGGAUGAGGAGGAAGAUGAGGGAUAUGGGAGACGGAAGACGAGGGAGGACGAGUAUGAUGAGGAGGAUGAUUUUAUUGCGGGGAGCGAGGAGGAGAUUGAGAUGGUGGAGGAGGACGAUAUCGAUGAUAGGAUUGAGGAGGAGGAGGGGGCGAGGAGAAGGAGGAAGAGCAAGAGUAGGAGUGUGACGCCGAAGCGGAGGAGGGAGAGUCCUGCGGCUGGGGGAGAUGAUGAGGCAGACGAUGCGGGGGUUGUCAGUAGAGGGAAGAGGCGGAGAGUUAUUGCCGACGAUGAGGAGGAUGAGUGA